AUGACCACCUCAAAACGAAAUGAUUUACAAGGAAUCCGUGGUUUGGCCAUUCUCUCAGUACUGGGAUUUCAUUUUUACCCAAAACUAUUCCCAAACGGUUACUUAGGUGUUGAUCAAUUCUUCGUUCUCUCGGGUUUUCUUAUGUGCAUGCUACUCACCAGAUCUCAAAAACUACCAAUGUUCGCCAUAGUUGUCGAGUUCUAUAGACGCCGGUUGAAACGAAUCCUACCACUCUACUUUCUUUUUUUUAUUUUGUACUGUUCUGGCACUAUACACAGUAUUUCCGGACACUGCAAUUGUACAAAACCAAGAUUCGGCUUGGAAGGCGUUGCUAUUAUUACAAAGUAUAUGAUCUAUGCAGUUAUUGCACUUUGCUCUUUUGCAUUCCACAGUUUCUCACCUCCACUAACAUCAUUUAAUAGUGUUUUUGCUAGAAUCUGGCAAUUUUUAUUCGGAAUGCUGACGUAUUUUAUGCUAAACCAUUCCGCAAAACUGUGCAAAUUAUCUCCUGGAGUGGAGCAGAAAAACGAGGAUAGAGGACGAUUGCUAGAAGAAUGUUCUGAGGAUCCGGAACCAAAAAUUACGAGAUCCGAGAGCUCUUCAGUUUUACUAUAUGUAAAGUAUUUUAUGCUGAUUUUGGCGAUCAUGGUAUUAUGGUUUCCAGCGGUUUUGGAUUUUACUUGGUCCAGACCCUUCAUCAAAAUACUAACUGGACUUUUGAUCCUAAUCGAGGCUGCAAAUUAUAUUCUAAAUUCUCGAUUCUUGAUCUAUCUUGGAGACAUUUCAUAUGCAUUAUAUCUUAUUCACUGGGCGGUUUACGCAUUUUUCAAACUUGUAUAUAAAGAAAAUUACUGGAUUCUCACUGGAGCGUGUUUGCUCUCCAUUGUGUUGGCCGUGUUGGUUCAUGAGACUUAUGAAAAGUGGUACCUGAAACAAUCAAAUGCAAUAGUGUUUACAUUGAUUUUGACUCUAUUCUGUUUGGCGGCGGUUAUGAUUAAAAAAGAGGAGAUUUCGAAACAAAUGGAGAACACUGAAGUGGUUCCAUUGUCGCCAGAGCGCAAAUUUCCACGGUUGGAUGGAGUUACAAUGAAUAUGACUCUUGAUGAUGCUGAGAGGCUAAACACGUAUUGGAACCAACAUGAUCAUAUGGCUGCGGAACUCCAGGAGCCUGGGUGUAUCAAACGGCGCGGAGAUCGAUGGUGGUGUGAUUUUAAAGAAAAUGGAACUGAAUUCAAAAUCGCUUUACUUGGAAAUAGUUACGCGAAGAAUCAUCACAAAAUGAUAAUUCAAGAAUGUAAACAUCGUGUAAAAAUGAUCUCAUUGCAACACGAAACAGGAUGCGAGCCAUUGGCAGCUCCAAGAAAACCAGUCGAUAAUGGAGGAAUGUCGAUUGCAUGGGCAAGAGAGUGUAAAGAUAAAUUAAGAGAGUUCAUAGAGUUUGUGAAUGAGACGCAGCCGAAUUAUGCGUUUAUUUUGACGAGGUGGUACGCUGUCGGAGAACCGUAUGAAAUCGACGAGAACCAUUUGGAAAACGAUACAAUUUAUCUGGAAAUGAAAAGUCAAUUGGCAAAAAUUCUACCGAAUAUCAAAAGGAAAUUGUUUAUUCUGGAUUCCUUUCCAAGAGCAAAUAUGGAAAAUUUAAAAAAUAUAGUGAAAGAGAUGAGAACGGCGAAGAAGACAAUGGAGGAAAUUAACAAUUCUCUCUAUGAUCCGACUGGCUUUGAACAUGGACGUCAUCGACAUGCAAAGCUUUUAAAAGAAUGCGGAUCGAAAUGCGAAUUAAUUGACUACGUGGACGCCUUCUGGAACAAGACAAUGAACGCAUUCCAGUAUUUUGAUACUCGAGGCUUUUCAUAUUUUACGACACCUCUACAUUUAUCAGCUCAUGGGAUUGAAUACGUUCGACCAAUUUAUACAAAAAUUUGUGAUAGUUUAUAG